AGUAACUCAUAAAGCUGAGGCCUCAUCCUUCCAAUGGCGGCUACUAGCUGGCUGAAUAGAAAGCGGGAGCAACUGUGGAGGGGGUCCGAGCAGUGGAACCGAAAUUAAAUAAAUAUAUCACACUAUUUUCUAGACCUAAAGUUACUACCAAAAUUGUAUAUCCCGAGAGCUAUGGCCGAUUCAGUGGCCAAAAAUGGGAAUAUUUCGCUCCUUGAAUCGGAGCUUUAUUAUCUUAUCUCACGGUUUCUGACAACGGGUCCUUGUCGGAGAGCGGCUGAGGUUCUUGUGAGUGAACUAGAGGAAUAUCAGCUCCUUCCCCGUAGGCUGGACUGGGAAGGAAAUGAUCAUCCAAGAUCUUACGAAGACGUGGUUGCAACUAAUAGGCACAUAGCCCCGGACCACUUGUUGCAAAUAUGCAAGCGCAUUGGGCCCAUUCUUGAUAAAGAAGUGCCAUCCAGUGUGGUGGGAGUCAGCUCGCUGCUGGGGACUGGGGGACAUUCGUUACUCCGCACAUCAAAAGAUUGCGGCGUCGUGAAGUGGAAAGGCUCGGCCUUCGCUGCGCUCCACAGAGGCAGACCACCAGAGAGGCCUUCGAGUUACAGAGGAGCUCCAAAUUUAGUGCGGGGCCCUAGAUUUCCGCGGCACCCGGAUGUGGUGCUUCGGGGGCUUCCAAUGUUGCUGGGUCCUCCUAUUGCCGUGGAGACGUGUGAUGUGGAGCCUAAGCGAAUGAGAUGGGGCCUGCACUGA